GCGCGUGAUUGUACGUGUCUCCGUGUGCUCCUGCUCUACAGAGAAAGGGGGGUGAGGGGGGCCCAGAAGGGGCGGGGAGGCAGAGUAGAGGCGGAGGAGGAAUGCAAAGCUCCAUCCAGUGCUGAGAACAGGAGCAUUUGCGCAGAUAGUCUGCGCUGCCUUCAACAGACACACAGCGUUUCAGCCGGGGAAGUUUGUUUUUGUUGCCUUUUGUCCCGCUGCCGAGCAAUCCGCCUGCAAAGUGUCUGCAAGGAGCAGGGCAACCGACCGCUGCUUACCGGACUCGUGUCAGCAUCAGGGAUUUAACAUGGUGAUCAAAGUGUACAUAGCAUCGUCCUCUGGAUCCACUUCGAUUAAAAAGCAGCAGCAGGAUGUGAUGGGCUUCCUGGCUGCCAAUAAGAUCGAAUUCGAGGAGUGUGACAUUGCGGCCAAUGAGGCCAACAGGAAGUGGAUGAGAGAGAAUGUUCCGGAGGAGUCCAGGCCGGCCACGGGGAACCCUCUCCCCCCACAGAUAUUUAACGAAAGCGGAUAUUGCGGGAACUACGAGGCCUUCUUCGAUGCCAGAGAGGACAACGCUGUGUAUGCAUUUCUGGGUCUGACUGCUCCCCCGGGCUCAAAGGAGGCCGAGGCUCUAGCCAAGAAAGCACAGCAGUAGCAGCUUUCCACCCUUCCUUACCUGAGACCUCAGGCCUAGACAUAAAUCCCAGACCUGGACCCAGACUGACCUGGAACUGAUCCAGGAAAAAAAAGAAGCAACAUUUCACUCAGCUUAUAAAUAUGUGGACGGUUUUGAUUUACUCUUUUCAGUAUGUUUUUUUUUUUUUUAUUAAUCUGUGUUCAGCUGUGCCUUGUCAGCCGUAGUGAAGGGAGGUACUAAAGCAGAGCUUUAUGGGUAUCUACAAACAGCUCUGCUUCCUCCCAUUAACCUCAGCCUGUUAACCCUAUUGGCCUAAUGACAUGUCAAUCAACCAUUAGCAUUAUUGUGUAGCUUGCAGUCUGAGAACAAAUCAUCAGACAAAACAAAAUGUACACACUUUGAAAAUUGUAACAGAGAUUCUUCACUUGGCCGACAGAAUGUCGUCCAUGUUAACAUUAGACCAUAAAACAUUAUCAUCAUUUAUUUAACUUGACAGGUUUAAUUAGUACAAGUCUUAUCUGUUGAAUCCUGGAAACAUUAAGUCAAAUGUUGUACUCCUGCCAGUCAUGUCAUCGCCAAAACUGCAGCACCUUCUGUAAACGUUCUCUGUAACAAUCAUAAUCAAUAACAAACAUUCUCUGUCUUUAUUUACUUUAUAUUGUCUUAAUGCUGUUUUGAUAGCAAACGUUUUUUUACAAGAUGAUAUAUGUUUAAAAAUGACAAUACAUGCCAAAAUUACAAGUCACAGAGGGACGUGAAAUUUAGUUGUUUUUUUUUUAUUUGCUGUUAUUGUUUUUAGGGGAGCUGUUUCAUUUCGUUAUAAGCAUUCUGUUUCACAUUGUGUUGGUAAUUCCUGUCUUACAUAAGUUGAUAUGUUCCCUAAAAUAAAAUAAAAAUAAGACUGCAAGUAAAACUGCAA